AUGGAGUGCACCAAAAGACUGAGCACGGGUGCAACUUUCGGGCAUCUGGGCAUCUGCAACGAUUUCUCCAGCAAGGGGAGGUUCAACUGCACCUCCUUGCGCCUCUAUAGGAACUCUUUAGGAGUUUGCCGUGUUUUGUAUUCUAGUUUUCAAUUGCAAUACAGAUUUGCCGUUUCUGUUAUUGCGCGGUGGAGAUGUAUUGUCAGUCUGAGUACGAGUCCUUAG